GCCCGCCCGCUCGAGGCCCGCGGGGAGCGCGGCGCAGUCCGUCGGCCCGCGGGGGGGCGGCCUCCCGGCAUCUUCGCGGCGACCAAGGACGACCGGGGGAGGAAGCGGCCGGGAUGGCGCGUCCGCGGCCCCGCGAGUACAAGGCGGGCGACCUGGUCUUCGCCAAGAUGAAGGGCUACCCGCACUGGCCGGCCCGGAUUGAUGAACUCCCAGAGGGAGCUGUGAAGCCUCCAGCAAACAAAUAUCCUAUCUUCUUUUUUGGCACCCAUGAAACUGCAUUUUUAGGUCCCAAAGACCUUUUUCCAUAUAAGGAAUACAAAGACAAGUUUGGAAAGUCAAACAAACGGAAAGGAUUUAAUGAAGGAUUGUGGGAAAUAGAGAAUAACCCAGGAGUGAAGUUCACUGGAUACCAGGCAAUUCAGCAACAGAGCUCCUCGGAAACGGAGGGAGAAGGUGGAAAUACUGCAGAUGCGAGCAGUGAGGAGGAAGGGGAUAGAGUGGAAGAGGAUGGAAAAGGCAAAAGAAAGAAUGAAAAAGCGGGCUCUAAACGGAAAAAGUCCUACACUUCGAAGAAAUCCUCUAAACAGUCCCGGAAGUCUCCAGGAGAUGAAGAUGACAAGGACUGCAAAGAAGAGGAGAACAAAAGCAGCUCCGAGGGUGGAGACGCCGGCAACGACACAAGAAACACAACUUCAGACUUGCAGAAAACCAGUGAAGGGACCUAACUACCAUAAUGAAUGCUGCAUAUUAAGAGAAACCACAAGAAGGUUAUACAUUUGGUUGUCUAAUAAUCUUGGAUUUGAUAUGAACCAACACAUACUCCUUGUUGUCAUUGACAGAACCCCAGUUUGUAUGUACAUUAUUCACACUCCUCUCUGUUGUGUUUGGGGGAAAAAAAAGACAUUUUAGCCUUUUUUAAGGUUAUUUAAUUUCAUGUUAUUUGGUUGCAUGAAGUUGCCCUUAACCACUAAGGAUUAUCAAGAUUUUUGCACAAACUUCUACAUGCCUAGGAUCCUUUUAUCAAGGCGGCUGUGUUCAUCAUUCUCCUGCCUUGACUCCACUAUCACCAGAGGCUCAGUUAAAGAUAAAUUAGCAUUUUCUUAAAACGACCACUCCACAUAAUGCUUAAGGGAUUUCUUCUCUGUGACAGAACCCAGGAACCAGUUCCUAAACACAUAACGUUGGCAUAUUGAAGAUAAAAUUGAAAUUGUCCUUCAGUUUUGAGGCCAUGUGUAAAGUUUAACCAUAUUGUAAAAUAUCUAUUCCGUAUUAGAAAUAGCUAGUCAACAGCUUAUACUUCUCAAAACUCAUACUGUUAUGUACACAAACUCAGUUUUUAUAUGUGAAGUUAGUGAGUCCUUUUGUGUUAUUCCAAAAUAAAGGCAAUGAUUUAUUUUUUCCCAAUGCCAAUACAAUUUGAGCUAAUCACUCAAGGUGGAUACUUUACAUUUUAAAGCUGGAAUCAGCAGUAGCCCUAUGGGAAACCAGACAAAGCAUUGACUUUUAAAUGAACCAUUGUUUUCUUUUGGAGCUAGAAUUAGAAUAGUUGAUACUCAUCCACAAACCAUUAUUAUGUGUACAUUAUUGUUGCUAUUGUGAUAAUAGAGAAUUUUAUUUAUUUUUAUGCCAGCUUAUAUUGUGAGAGCUCAUUUAGUCAAUUUGGGUUUUAUCAAUCCUGUUAUGCUUGUCCUUGGACCAUCUUUCGCGUAUUCGAGGUUUGUAGUUGAAAAGUUUACUGUAAAAAAAAAAAAUCAAAAACAAAAAAUGUAUUGUUUUUACAGAAUAAAUUUAUUGGAAUGUGUACUGGGAGUAAGAUUUGAGGUUGUAAACAACUAAGUUAGUGUAAUUUGGCUUUAUAUAUGUAAUGUGAGGUAUUAAUGUAAUUCGUAUAUUAAAGCAAAAAUUGUUAACAGCAAGUUGACAAGAGAAUCAAGUGCAGGUGAGGGUUUUCUUUUUUUUUUUUUCCUUUUUUUUUCUUUUUUUUGAACAUCGGGGUUUUAGGUUUUUUGUAAACAUGGGGGAGGGAGAGGAAUGGCUACAUGAUGGCUUGCACGUCUCAGAUACUAACUGUUUACCAGCUCAGUGGACCCUAAAUGCGCACACUUGACAUUAUCCAUGCGUUGACUUGGACUCUGUUUUCUUUUUGUUUUCUUAUUUUGGUGAAGAGCUAAAUAAAUAACAUGAAGAGAAAAUGUGAGAAGUUCUAAGAGCCCAGGGCCAUUGACGAUGGUGGUGGUGAUGGGAUUACGAUUAUGGCAGCCAAGGGUAUGAAAGCACCAGUCUACCUACCCCUCUAAGGCUCUGAGAAGGCGGCUAGUAUUUCUGGUUUGUUUCUCUCAUGUAGCAAAUUGUAAUUUUUCUCUAUACUCAUCAUUCCAGAUAUGAAAAGUUCAUUAAAAGAUACUAGGGAUGCCAAUCCAGUUCUUUUUCCUUGAAGAGUACUUUUUAACUUUGAAUACUUUACUUUAAUUGUAAAUUAGUGAAAUUUAAUCAGUUCCUCAAAAGUCCUGUUCAUUGCUCACACUAAAGCAUAAGGAGAAUGUAGCUGACAUUUUGAAUUGGAACAUGUAACUGACAGAUUUUUAGAAUAAAAAUCCUAAAGACUACAAAACUGCUUUUGGAAAAAAAAUACAAAAUGUUUCAAAUUCGUUAAGAUUUGUUUUCAUAAAAGGCCAAAAAUAAUUUAUUAAGAUUAUACACAGAAAUACAGUAGAAAUAUUUCCAGUCACCAAUAAAACAGGUAUUCAUUAAGGGUACUGAUAAAGUCACCGAUCCCUCCUUAGCCAUUUAGACUCACAAAAAAUUUUUUAUUAAAAGCAGUGUUUAUAACAGCAGUGAAUAAUACACUUUCCUUGGGAAAACAUUUGUCAAAUAACAUUUUAAAAUAAUGUGAUAAUUUGCUUUUUAUAUUGAGGUUGAUAAUGAUGCAUAUAUAUCUUAUAUGCAAAAAGUAUUUCUCCUGAAUGUAUCUGCUGUUCUAAAUUCCUUAAUAUGCACAGGCCAUAUUCACUUCUGAAUAGUUUCAUUUUCGUGCUCACUAUUGUAGGAGCUACAUUGUAUAUGUUUACAGUUAUAUUUAAUAUGUGCAGACAGAAUAUUGAAAUAGAUGGUCAAGUUACUCACAAAUAAUUUUGAAUAGAUUUCUUUAAACUGUUUCUCAACUUCACUUAUCCUUCAAGAGAAGAAAAUUUACCCACACGAUACCAUGUGAGAGCUCACACAUACAGUGCGGAGCCUGAAUUUACAUAUUUUUAAGUAUUGCUGUAUGGGAAGGGAGUAAAAUGGGACAGAUCAGUACCAGGAAUAAAAGUCAGUCAUCUAGAGAGGAAGAAAUAAUACUUUUAUUCAACUUUUUCAUCUGCCUUUGUUUUUAUAAAGAACUCUGGUUUGUAGAUACAACGAUAGGCCAAGAGCUGAGGAAGAACUCCAUAUGCUAUGUUUAAUGCUAGAAAGAGGCUUUUCGCUUCUUCAGGGACUCUGUAGACAUAAGCGGUUCUAGCAUGAAGAGAAGCACCGAUGUGAGAAAACUGAGCCUGUUGCAUUUAAAAAAAAGGGGGGAGGUCAGCAUGAGCUCUGUGUUCAGUCGGAUUCACAACGUGUUCUGGACGAUUCAUUCAGACCAUGUUUCCUGUGCCCUCAAAACCAGUACUUUCAAACAAUCGACAGUCUUCAGGAUUUCACUGAAUUCAGGACAGUCUUAAUGUAACUACUCAAAUAAAGUAUACCUUCCUUAGCUUGGCUUUAUCAUGCCAUGCAGUGCCCCUUACCAAACAUUAGUGGCUUAAUUUAAAAGAAAAACUGAAAAAAUCUCCGUUUUUUGUUUUUUGGUUUUUUUCCCCCUGAUUUGCAUUCUGGAGAUCCUAAACACUCAGGCACUCAGUUGUGGCUUACUAAGUGUGUUUGGCAAAAAUGAAGGAAGUACAGAGCUUAGAAAGCAAAAAUAUUUUUAUAUAGCCAUUUAAAGAGAAGCAAUGGGGACCUCAGCUUCAUUAAUCAGUCUUUUCACCUAUUCCUUGGAACAAGAGCCCAAAGCCCUUCAUUACAUGUUUUUUGUUUACUUCUUCACGUUUUUGUUGCUUAUGCAACUUUAAAAACUACUAAGGGUUGUUUCGUCGGUAAGGUUGUUACCAACGUGGGUGAGGGUAGGAUUAUGGUCGCUCUUCAUAAAAUGGCAUGUGUACAUGCAGGCGACCUCUUCAUACCAAGUUCUCCUUUAUUUAGUACAGCUUGUCACCAUCACCUGAGACCAGUUUCCCAUUUGUACUUAAGUACUUGUUCAUAACAUACAUUCAGAAUGUAUCUUGUUUGAUACUUUUCAUAAGCACAGGGAAAAACGAUUAGAAAAGGCCUCUGUGUGAGGAUUUCCUCAGCAUUCUCAUGUCCUUACAGAACACAACCCUGCAGUGUGUGUUUUCAUAUCUUACUGAAAUCCACGCUGUACGUGAAUAAAGGACUGGAAAUCUAAAUAUAAGAAGUGAUGAAUUAUUAGUUCAUCAGGAUCAAAGUGGAAAGAAGUCACAGAAUCCAAGAAUGAAAAACUAAAUAAUUCGCUUUAAAUACAUACAAGCUAUCUUACAUUUCCUUCCGUACGAAACCAGAUUAUUCUGCGAAGUGGUUAACAGACAAAAUUUGGCUUUUCCAUGACAAGUAAAGGAUGAGCUCUCACAAGUGGCACUUGUAUGGAUUUGUGUCCAUCGCAGGUAUUUUAACAGAUUGCUGCUACGUCCUGGGACCUCUGGUACAGUCUCGCUACUCUCUGGAGAUAAGCGGUCAGUGUGAUGUGUCGCGAGGACCACAGAAAUAGCCUGUGUACGCCCUCCGCCUCGUGCUCCACGAGGCUCGGCAAGGGCUCUGCCCUCAAGCACGCGUCCCCCAGAGCAGGUGCCGAGCAGAGCCCAGCAGAUGGGAAGCGUCCCAUCUCUGGGCUCUGAAGACAAGACCUGGAGAGUCCGGGGCCUUCGAGAGGCUGCCCAGGGGGCUGCUCUUGUACAGUCCUGGGAACACGGAGCAGGAGCGUGGCCCCUGUCGUUAACCCUACUUUUCCCUAGAGCCUCUUCUGAACAGCAGUGAUUUUCUGAAUUAAUAUAACCAAACUUCUGGACUAGGGGCCAGGUUUGAACCUUGAUUUUCAAAAAUGUGGGUUUGGUGUCUCUAUAGACACAUGUACUACGUGACAAAAGUCACCACGUUCGGGGAAGGUGCCAACCGUUCUUUGAGAGACUGAGCGAUACGAGCAGUCGUACCUACUUGCACAGGGGAACCUGCACCAAGUCAGUGAUUCCGUAGGCUCUCUUCCUGCACUGACCAGUGCAGUUAAUACCUCAUUUUCAAAAUCAGCAAAAAUCAUUGGCAGCAUUCCAAAAUGGUCAUGUCCUUAGAGUAGACUGUAAGCCCACCGGGCAGGUACUGUGUCUAAUGUUUUGUGUGGCGCCUCUCGCAUUGUUAGAGCUCAAUAAACGUUAAUCAA